UUUCAUUGAUUCUACUGGUUCAACCUCGACUCUUUCCACUCAUGUAUCCUUCGAUCUCGAACGUAUCGCCUUAUGCCAUCUGAUGAUCUGCAUGCUGUCAGCCUCACGCGGCCAUGGACACUGGGCUCGAGCCCACGGCGAAACGCCGUAAACUGAGUGACAUCCCGCCCGAUGCCUUAUCAGCCACCAGCGCAGCCUGCUCAUCUUCACCCACCCUCCUUACAGACCUACCGGAACCUUUCCAGUCGCAGUACAUCGUACUGGCCCGAGCCGAGUGCCCAAUACUCGUCGGCUUCGACGCUUUCGAAUCGUCCUAUGAUUAUCCUGCGAAAGCAGCGCUCGAUCUUGCGAUCGAAGAUCUCGAUCUCGCAUCGCCGUACCGGGUUACAGUCAAAAAGUCUCCUCGCGCGAAACUCUCUCAUAUUCUUGAGAUAGCGGCUCCAUCAGCUAAAGACCUCCAAGUGCUUGAAGACAGUAAACAUCUAUCUUCUGUUGCGAGACACAAUGGGGGCACGGCUUUACCACUCGCCUGUUUCGCGGCGACUGUCAGCUCACGCGACAACCAGCACUUUCUCCAGAUCCUGAUUCUUUGGCAAAAUACCGCACAGCUGAGAGAUAAGAUCGAUUCAGAACUGUUUGAUGUGAUGGAUCACUACUGUCCUGGCUCGUCUGGCCGUUCUUUGCAACCCGAACCCUGGGAUCCUCGACAAUUUUACGACAAUGUCCACGUUCCAGAUAAAUCAGAAGCAGCUUCAGCCCAGAUAAAUAUUCCUUUCCUUGUCUCUGACUUGUAUCCCUUCCAGCGAAGGGCUGUGCGUUGGCUUCUGCACAGAGAGGGGGUGGAGUUGCUUCCAAACGGAGAUAUAAGCCUGAUACCAACCUCGGAAGACGCCCUCCCUACCGGUUUCGAAUCCACAAAACUCGAUGGUGGCAGAGAUUGCGUCGUCAACAAAGCUGUUGGCAUGAUCUCCACAGAAUAUGAAGUCGUACGCAACUUUUAUCGCAGUGUGCGUGGCGGUAUCCUCGCGGAAGAAAUGGGCCUCGGUAAAACUUUGGAGAUCAUUUCGCUGACCUGCCUUCAUCGGCGACGUGAUGAUGUCGCACCUCCUCCAGGUCUCAGAUCAUCCCGUUCCACGCUGAUCAUCACUCCCGUGACGAUUCUUGAACAAUGGAAGCAAGAAAUUAACAAGCACGCUCCAGGACUGAGGGUCUACCACUAUCGCGGCGUCAGUUCUUUUAAGAAAAGCCCUGAACAGGUCAUGACGCAACUUCUCGAAGCUGAUGUCGUAGUUACGACGUACAACGUUGUCGCACGCGAAAUUCACUACGUCCAGGCAAAGCCAGACCGGCUGCUACGGGGUGCCCAACGUCCGGAACCUCCGAAAAGUCCCCUUACCCAGAUCUUCUGGUGGCGAGUCUGUCUGGAUGAAGCACAGAUGGUAGAAAGUGGCGUCUCUUCCGCUGCGCAGGUUGCAAUGCGUAUUCCGCGCCAUAACGCUUGGGCUGUUACGGGUACACCACUUCGAAAGUCUCACAAAGACCUUUUCGGCUUGUUUCUCUUCUUGCGUUUUGAGCCAUGGAGCCAAUCCGCAACUCUGUGGCAAUAUUUGGUUGACCACCAUCGACCCAUGCUCCGGGAUGCGCUGAAACAAAUUUCUCUACGACAUACGAAAGAUUUUGUUCGGGAAGACUUACGCCUUCCCCCUCAAAGUCGACACAUCAUCACGAUCCCGUUUACCCCUAUUGAAGACCAGCAUUAUACAGAGCUUUUCCGAGAGUUAUGUGAGGAUUGUGGCUUGGACAGCGCAGGCGCGCCUCUUACAAACGACUGGGAUCCUGACUCGCCAAAGGUCAUAGAGAAACUGCGUUCGUGGUUGUCGCGACUUCGACAGACAUGCCUUCACCCGGAAAUUGGGCACCAAGGCUGGAAGGCAUUGCGCCGGCCAGGUGGGGUUCUGCGGACCGUUGAAGAGGUUCUUGAUGUCAUGAUUGAUCAAGUUGAAGGCCAGGUCCGUACCACUCAACGGACGUGGCUCAUUGCAGCCAUCAGAAGGGGCCAAAUGAAAGAAAAUGCAAAAGAGACUCAGCAAGCCCUGCAAAUCUGGCAAAGUUCCUACAACGAAUCUUGCAUUAUUGUAGACGAGUGUCGCCGCGAGUUGGAGAAGGAAGCACGCUCGGGAAAGGAAGCAGUUCAAGACGAGAAACCCGACGGCCAGGAGGAGGAUGAAGACGAAAACAAGCACCUGACAACUUUGAAGCUUCGAUUGAGAGCGGCCCUAGAGAUCAAGCACGUUUGUACCUUCUUCAUUGCCAACGCCUUUUUUCAACUCAAAUCAUUACAAACCCCUGACACCGAGGAAUACUUCGAGUUAGAGAGGCAAGAAACACAGACCUACGAGGAAGCAAAGUCCAUUCGGGGUGAACUCCUUGCAGAAGUCCUUAAGUCUGCCAACAAAUUGAUCACUGCGGUCACAACUAGAGCUGCCGAAGAUCGUACCCAAAUUCCUGAGCUUUUGCCGGUGAAAGAAUUGACGGGCAUUGAAUCCCGAAGGAUCAUCGACAGGAUCCAUGCUUUUGCCGAAGAAAUGAAUAAACAAGCCGCUCACUUUCGUGAUGUUCAAAAAGUCAUGAUGAAUUUUUUGGGACAGGCCCUGCUUGACCAGGAUGAAGGAAUUGAGCUACAAGGCGAUGAGUAUGAGACGUCCACAAGACAGCAAGACGAAAUGUAUGCUUACAUGGAGGCUCUGCGAGCACUCCUUGCUGACCGCAAUGAAGCCAUCACUGGUCAAGAGAACUAUCUCAUCCGGCAAGAAAUGAAACAGUUUGUCCGGCUAGCCAAAGAAGGCGGCGGCCCUGCCCCCGCGCUGAUGAUCAAGCUGCUGGCCGAGCGAGAGCUCAACCGCGUGGAUUGGAAAAAGCUCGGCAGCAUGCGCGGCCUAAUUGGUGAAAUCAGGAGUCUCGUAACAUCUCUCGAAUGGCAGGCAGGAUUGGGAGACAGCCGUGCGGAUCAUGAACUGAGUGUCAUCAAUCCCAUUCUAGUGACAGUCUCUGAGCAGACCAAUGUUCAGGCCAGGUCUUUAUCGAACCUCGAGCAACUGGUCAACCAGAUACGGGACGCGAUGAACGGCCGUCUGGAAUUCUAUCGCGCCCUACAGAAAAUCUCCGACACAGUCGCGCCCUUUGAAGAAGACAACGUUGGCAAACCUUUGAAUGAAGUACGAUACCAAGAGUUCAUUCGUGACGAGACUAUAUCGAAGGACAAGGUCGACACUCUGACUACCAGGCUGCGAUACUUGAUGCAUUUGAAGACAGAAUCUCAAUCGGCUACACCAAGAAUUUGCACCAUCUGUCAGUGCGACUUCGAAGUCGGGACUCUCACCGUAUGUGGACAUCAGUUCUGUAAGGACUGCAUCUUGAUGUGGUGGGGACAGCACCACAACUGUCCUGUGUGCAAAAGAACACUAGGUCUGAAAAACUUCUACGACAUCACUUACAAGCCAGCCGAGGUCGCUGUCCAAGCCGAAACAUCUCUGCAGAAGAGCUCUCUCACGGGAGUUCCAAGUGAGCGCUCGCUGAACCAAACAAUCUAUUCUGAUGUCAGUGUGUCUAUGAUGAAUCAAAUCAAAGUCAUAGAUCUACCGGGAGUAAGCUACGGCAGCAAGGUGGAUUUUCUAUGCCGCCAUCUGAUCUGGCUGCGUCAAAACGACCCGGGCUCAAAAUCUGUCAUCUUCUCGCAGUAUCGAGAGUUUCUAGGUGUCCUUGUCCGUGCUUUCACAGCAUGCGGGAUCCAGUUUGGUCGUAUCGACGACAAGGAUGGGGUGGAAAGAUUCAAGGCUCAACCCACGGUGGAAUGUUUCCUCCUGCACGCAAAAGCUCAUUCGGCUGGUCUGAAUCUCGUCGUCGCCAAUCAUGUUUUCUUAUGUGAACCUCUGAUCAACACGGCCAUUGAAUUACAGGCAAUUGCUCGUGUACAUCGUAUCGGUCAACAAAGAGCCACAACGGUGUGGAUGUAUCUUAUCGCCGACACGGUAGAGGAGUCAAUCUACAAAAUCUCGGUCAGCCGUCGUCUCAGUCAUCUGACUAGCCGUCCUAGGCGUAUCGAGCUCAACGGACAGGAAGGAGAGUCGGUGCAAGAGACGGCUUUGGACAUGGCGAAUUCGAUCGAGCUUCAGGAAGCAGAUCUAUCAAGAUUGUUUGAGAAGCACGGGAAAGUUGGGGGGGAGAUGGUGGAAGCGAGCGAUCUCUGGCCUUGUCUGUUCAGCCGCGUCAAGAAGACAGAAACCGUCAUGGCUGGCGUGGCUGGUGAGGAAGCAGGGACCGAAGUUGGACGUUUUCUUCGAGGGGAGGCUGCGAUGAACCGAAGACAGUAAGACACGAGGACAUUUUGGACUUUAUGACUCUGGGUUCUGGCGCUAUACCAUGCAGAACCUUGUAGAUAUGCUAGAUACCCUAUUUCGUUUUAGAUUGGUUAGAACAGAGUAGAAAGCAUGCGCA